AGAACGUAAAUAUUACUUUACGCUCUCUGAUGUCAAGAAUGAUGAGAAAAGAUGUAAAGGAAUACAUGGAUAAAUAAGUACAUAAAUAAGUAUUUUCACUGAUGCUGCUGCUUUUGUUUUCGGGGAGGAGUAUUGACCAGCGCCAAUAAUAACCAACAGUAGCAGCUGGAGCCAUAGCUUUAGAAGCGACCAACAUAAUAUACAUAAAUCGUGACUGUUGUGAAUAUUUCACAGUCACCACCUAGUUAAGGGAAUCAAAUAAGGUGUAAAAUAAAGUCAAAAAGAAACUGGUGAAAAGACAUUGCGACAGAUUGUCUGCCUUAGCGACCCUCGUCGCCUAUUUGGCAACAGCAACAUCGGCUGGGUGCUUUAACGGCAAUGCUGUUGUGUUACCACGGUUUCGCAACUGACCAAUGAGUCAGCCUAGCUGAUUGAUCCCAAUCAUCAAGCAAACAACCAGGGAAUAAUAUAUCUAUACAUGUACUUUAAUAGACAUCAAAAAUCGAAUACUGCCCAUCGUCCAUCAUUACUGCCACUGUUGCACAAAUAGACCAGCCGUAAAUUGUGGAUAAAGCUCUAAGUAACUAACCCGCUUUAGUUGUCGCUACAUUUGCCGACCCACUGGCAUUAACUGCGAUGGGUAAUUGUAUGAAUUGCUUCCAGACGUCGUCCGAAAACGCGGGGGCACCGAACACUACUAUUGCACCCAUCUGCCAAAAACCACACGUUGAAGAAACAGAUGAACUGCUCUCGCCCAAAAGUCCACUCAAGAACGCAAACAAUUGUGAUACUAAGCGAAAUAGUUUUAAGAAAUCUUUGGUUCUGCUUAAUGGAAAUGCCGCCACCAUGAGUGAUAUAAUAACGACAGCUGUCAAGGAAUCGCUGGAAGUUUCCGACAAUACACUUAAUCAGCUUUUUGAAGAAUAUAAAGAUCCCGAAGAGGAUAUGAUACUCACAGAAGGUAUUGAACGCCUUUGUCAUGACCUUAAAUACCAGCCCGACGAAUUUGCUAUACUGGUGCUGGCCUGGUGUUUGGAUGCAUCUCAAAUGUGUCGCUUUACAAAAGCAGAAUUUAUUGAGGGAUUACACAAGAUGUGUGCAGAUACUAUCGAAAAAAUACGUAUAAGACUGGAGCAAACAAUUGAAAUGCUCAAAGUGGACACGGAAAUGUUCAAACAGCUCUAUCGGUUCACAUUUCGCUUUGGUUUGGAGCCGGAGCAGCGCAUUCUCUCGCUAGAUAUGGCCAUCAGUCUAUGGAAAUUGGUGUUCACGGUGCACACGCCAGAACUGCUCAGUAAUUGGAUACAUUUCCUGGAGCAGCACCCCAGCAUACGUGGCAUACCGAAAGAUACUUGGAAUAUGUUUUUGAACUUCUCCGAGCAAUGUGAUAUCAAUAAUUAUGACGAUACAGAGGCAUGGCCGAGCUUAUUUGACGAUUUCGUCGAUUACGAACGUUCGCGGAUGACAACGCUUACCGAAGGGACAGAAGGUGAGGCAAUGGCCGAAAGCAGCAAUGGUGCGACGGCAAUGGUUGGUGAGUCUGUAGGGGGCAGUCAGUUAGAGGCAAGUCUUGCAGCUGACGGUUAUGUCGACGAUGACAACAAUAAUGAUGAUUUUAGUCGACAACCACAUCAGCAUGCUAUGCACGCACACCAAUCGCAACUAGGGAAGACGGACACAAAAGCAAAAGCGGGCGUUCGCAACGCCAAUGAUGAUAUAUUAUAG